ACAGGAGAAGGUUUCGUGCUGGUGUUCUCGGUUACAGAUAUGGCUUCGUUCAAACAGGCAGCCAGUUUAUAUGAGAGGAUUUUGAGAGUGAAAGAUAAGGCUUGGGUACCUUGCGUCCUUGUGGGCAAUAAAUGCGAUUUAGAGCAUGACCGUGAAGUCGAUACAGAGGAAGGGAACAUGCUUGCUCAAAAGUGGAAUGUACCCUAUGUAGAAACGAGUGCAAAGACGAGGCACAAUGUGGACCAGACAUUCUCGGAAUGUGUCCGAGUAGUUCGGAAAAACUUCGCGUUGGAGAGCGCGAACAGCGCGAAGAAACCUAUAAAGAAAAAGAAGGGACUCUGCACUAUUUUGUAAAUAAAUGUGG